AUGGCCCGUGGGAAAUUGAUAGUGUUCGAAGGGUUGGAUCGCGCAGGAAAGUCAACACAAUGCAAGAUGUUGGUUGAGGGACUCCAAAAGGAUGGCUUGAAGGUGCGACAUAUUAGAUUUCCCGAUAGAACCACACCAAUCGGACAAAUGAUCAACAGUUAUCUCAGUGGGCAAAGUGAGCAAGAGGAUCAUGUGAUUCACCUGCUUUUCUCUGCGAAUCGGUGGGAGUUAGCAGCAUCUAUCCAAACAGACCUCUCCGCAGGAAUAACUAUCGUGAUUGACCGUUACUAUUACUCUGGGUGCGUGUACUCCGCAGCAAAAAACAAUCCAAGUCUGGACCUCACAUGGGCGCGGCAUCCUGAGGAAGGUCUUCCACGUCCUGAUCUUUGCCUUUUUCUUGACAUCUCGGCCGAGGAUGCGGCAAAGCGAGGUGGUUAUGGGACGGAGAAA